CCAGCACCACCCGGGGCCCUGAAGCUGGAGAUGCCCCUUGGCCAUGGCGGCCCCGGCGCCCCUUAAGAUGCCAGCGGCGUCCCCAGCGCCGCCAGCGCCCGUCCUGCUGCUGCUGCUGCUGCUCCUGGCGGCGCCGGCGGUGCCGGGGGCCGCGCCCACGCCCUGCCCGGCCGCCUGCACCUGCAGCAACCAGGCGAGCCGGGUGAUCUGCACCCGGCGCGAGCUGCUGGAGGUGCCCUCGAGCAUCUCGGUGAACACCCGCUACCUGAACCUGCAGGAGAACCACAUCCAGGUGAUCCGCACCGACACCUUCAAGCACCUGCGGCACCUGGAGAUCCUGCAGCUCAGCCGCAACCUGGUCCGGAAGGUGGAGGUGGGCGCCUUCAACGGGCUGCCCAACCUCAACACCCUGGAGCUGUUCGACAACCGGCUCACCACGGUGCCCACCCAGGCGUUCGAGUACCUCUCCAAGCUGAGGGAGCUGUGGCUGAGGAACAACCCCAUCGAGAGCAUCCCGUCCUACGCCUUCAACCGGGUGCCGUCGCUGCGGCGCCUCGACCUGGGCGAGCUCAAGCGCCUCGAGUACAUCUCGGAGGCCGCCUUCGAGGGGCUGGUGAACCUGCGCUACCUCAACCUGGGCAUGUGCAACCUCAAGGAGAUCCCCAACCUCACUGCCCUGGUGAGGCUGGAGGAGCUCGAGCUGUCGGGGAACCGGCUGGGCCGGGUGCGCCCGGGGUCGUUCCAAGGCCUGGGGAGCCUGAGGAAGCUGUGGCUGAUGCACGCGCGGGUGGCGGCGGUGGAGAGGAACGCCUUCGACGACCUCAAAGCCCUGGAGGAGCUCAACUUGGCCCACAACGACCUGGCCUCGCUGCCCCACGACCUGUUCGCCCCCUUGCACCGCCUGGAGCGCGUCCACCUCCACCACAACCCGUGGCGCUGCGACUGCGACGUGCUCUGGCUCAGCUGGUGGCUGCGGGAGACGGUGCCCAGCAACACCAGCUGCUGCGCCCGGUGCCACGCGCCGCCGGCGCUGCGGGGCCGCUACCUGGGCGAGCUGGAGCCGGGCCACUUCACCUGCUACGCGCCCGUCAUCGUGGAGCCGCCGGCCGACCUCAACGUCACCGAGGGCAUGGCGGCCGAGCUCAAGUGCCGCACGGGCACGGCCAUGACCUCGGUCAACUGGCUGACGCCCAACGGGACGCUGAUGACGCACGGCUCGUACCGGGUGAGGAUCUCGGUGCUGCACGACGGCACGCUCAACUUCACCAACGUGACGGUGCAGGACACGGGCCAGUACACCUGCAUGGUCACCAACGCCGCCGGCAACACCACGGCCUCGGCCACGCUCAACGUCUCGGCCGCCGACGCCGCCGCGGCCGCCGCCGCCGCCGCAGCCGCGGCCACGGGCUACACCUACUUCACCACGGUCACCGUAGAGACCACCGAGGGCGGCAGCGAAGAACAAGCCCCCCAGACCCCGCCGGCACCCACGGCGCCCGGGUGGGACCCCUCUGGCGGCUCCACGGCAGCGCCGGCCACGCGCGCCACGGGGAAGCCCUUCACGGUGCCCAUCACCGCCGCGGCGGCGGCGGGCGCCGGGGCGGCGGGAGGGGGUCUCCAAGACCUGGACGACGUGCUGAAGACCACCAAGAUCAUCAUCGGGUGCUUCGUGGCCAUCACCUUCAUGGCGGCCGUGAUGCUGGUGGCCUUCUACAAGCUGCGCAAGCAGCACCAGCGCCACAAGCACCGCGGGGGCCCCGCGCGCGCCGUGGAGAUCGUCAACGUCGAGGACGAGCUCUCGGGGGGGCCCGGCGGGGGCGGGGGGGGUGUUGGGGGCACGUCAGGGGGGGUGGGGACGUCGGGGGACAACAGGCUGGCGCUGCCGGCGCUGGAGAGGGAGCACCUGGACAGGUACGCGGCGCUGGCCGCCCACUACGGGGGCCCGGCGGCGGCGCUGGGGUGCGGGAAGACCCCUCUGCUCAACUCGGUGCAUGAGCCGCUGCUGUUCAAGAGCCCCUCCAAGGAGAACGUGCAGGAGACCCAGAUUUGACCCCCCCCAAAAGAAAGUGAGGGGUGGGGACCCUCUUCUCCUGCGCAGAGACUCAAUUCCAGCCCCCCGGAAAGGGGGAACGGGGACCCCCCUGAACCUGGACUUGACCCCCCCAGAAAGGGGGAAUGGGGACCCCCCUAAACUUGGACUUCACCCCCAUGAAAUGGGGGGAACAGAGAACCCCCUCCUGUCCAGAGACUCGGAUCUGACCCCCCCUCCAGAAAGGGGGAACAGGGAGACCCCCUCCCAAAACCUGGACGUGACCCCUCCCAGAAAGGGGGAACAGGGAUGCCCCUAAACCUGGACUUGACCACCCCCUCCCCGAAAUGAGGGGGUGUGGGGAC